GUUUACUGUCAGAGCGUGAGGGGGCGCUCAUGAUGUUUCAUGCUGUAAACACUGAAUCUCUUCACUCUACACACGGGGAUUUAUUAGCUCGAAGGCCACGGCGCCUCAAAAACAGGUUUCGGGUUUAAUUUCGUGCUGCUUUAAUUUUUGUCACGACGCUGGAAUUGAUGUCACAAAAUGAAGAUGACUGACCUAUCGUAGGAGCAAACGAUGCUAACGUUAGCACGGCUAGCUAACAGCGUUUCAGGUGAAGAAAAGUACCACCGUCAGUUUGUUGUCUUGAAACCUGUGUCAUCGGUAUGACUGGUAGAUUUUAGCUUUGUUUGCACAUCAGUAUUUGGAGGAUCGUGUCUUAAGUUAUGUAACCAUCCAGCUGUCUCUUUUAGCUUGUUAGCUAGCAGCUGUUGUUGUUGUGGCUCUCAGUUGAAGGAUCCUUGCAGCGGUCUCUGGAUGGGGUGGAGUUUGUGUUAGUGUUGCCCUGAAGGCUACAAUAACGUCAUUUUUUUUAGUUGGCGAUUGUGGAGUACGUUGUCAGACAAAAUGGUGUUUCGAAGUUGCUGGAAAUCUCGACAUAAAAACGUCUCUGGAGCUGCUGGUCCUCGUUGGAUCCGACCCGGAUUGGCAGCCCUCCUCUGGUUCUGUGUGACCCAGUUUGUCUGCGGGGCGGUGGGCGAGACCAAAAACGUGGUCCAGAAGGACGCAGAGUUUGAUGUCACCUAUAACGACACGGUUACAAGUGAGAACCAGACCAUCUAUGCUUUCAAUCACACCAUCUCCAGGAACAAGACGGAGGGAGUGCGUGUGACCGUAGACGUGUUGUCACAGGGUUUGGAGAGUCCGAUCCUGUUUGUCGUACGGCAGAAGCAAGCUGUGCUGUCAUUUCAAGUCCCUCUCAUACUGAGAGGCCUCUACCAGCGGAAGUACCCCUACAAUCAUGUGGGCCGAACGCUGUGUCAGCCUCCGACCCGGGCGCUCUCAGAGACCCAGUACUUCUUUGUGGAUGUGUCUACUCUAUCCAGCCAGGGCACCAACUACCAGCUCAGGGUCAGCCGUGUGGAAAGCUUCACCCUGCAGACGGACAAGAAAUUCAGCUUUACUUGCGUCACCAUCCCAACCUCAG